UCCAGAGAUCGUGAAUUUCGACCCGAUCACAUUCGCGACGGACAUGUGGGCAAUCGGUGUGAUGACCUAUAUCCUGUUACCCUUGACCCUGUCUCCUGUGUAUGCGAUGGUUCUAGUAAUGGACUCAGUGGUAUCUCGCCUUUUGCGGGGGAUUCACAAGUGGAAACCUUCCAAAACAUUCUUGAAUGUUCGGUCACAUUUGAUCGGGAAGAGUUCGCCAAUGUUUCCCUCGAGGCUCAAGAUUUUAUAACUCGGCUCUUACGAAAGAAUCCUCGAAAGCGAGACACGGCUUCAGACUGUCUUCGACAUCCAUGGGUUUCGCCUGUCAUACGUCAACUAACUGGCAAACCCGAAGUGAUCCAGAAAAUCAAUUUGAACGGUAUUAUAUCUCAGAAGAAAACCAAGGACAAGGCCUCGAAUGGAUCUAAUGGAUCUACUAAUAAUAAUAAUCAAGUGCGAAAGAAAAGCCUGCAAGAUCAAAAGAAAGCGGAAAACAAUCCUGCUCCGAUCAUACAAAAGAUUGACCUCAAUGGAAUUCUUCAACCACAAGUCCAUUCAAGUUCCAGUUCUUCUAAUAAUUCCCCAAAACUAGACCAAUUCAACCAAAAACGAAGUUCUAUUUCCAAGCCGACAGUGGUUGAAAAAGACCAUGUAAAUGAAGAAAAGGCUUUGAGGAAGGAACCUCAAAUUAUUAAGAAAAUUGAUCUUAAUGGAGUUCUACCAUCAAUGGGGACUCAGAAUACCACCGUGAAUCUCCAUCCUGAACGGACCAAGCGGAAAUCUCUAUCCAGUCAGACUUCGACUGAAUCUCAAACGGGUUCGGAAUCGAAUAGUAUUUCCAAUGGAAUAAUGCCCAGUGAGUUGUGUCUACAUUUCAACAAAUAA